AUGGCGCUCACCCAUAUUGCAGACGUGGACCUCAGCACACACGUCGUCACUCUCGAUCGUAUCAGUAACUUCCAGUCUCGCUUUGUGGUGCGCGAAGUCUGUGUCGGAAUCAUCGAACAGCUACACGACGCGGAUAUAGCAGUAGUAUUUGCACUAGAUGCAGCAAAAGUAAUUUUUCAGAAUGAAGAAUGCUCUCAACCGUCGUGUAUCGUUCCGAUCGACUUGCUCAAGUAUUUGGUACGACAAGUGGUUAUCGCGAGACGGAAGUUCGCAACGGAGAAAGCUGUGGCGUUCCAAUGUGCCGCUUUCCAUGACGCAACAACAGAGCGAGAGUUGUUUCAGAUCCUUGAAGCUGUUCCAGCCGAGUUUGGCUGCGAAGUGUAUGUCGUUGUUGACUUCGCCUUACUUGGAAAGACUGCAGACACUUCCAAAGCCUUCUCAUGGGUCCAGGCGUUCUGUGCCAUUUUCAGAAAUCUCGCGCUUUGUGGCCUUCAGACUGCUGUCAAGAUUGUCAUGGUCAGCUGUGGCUCGCUGCCAUUCCACAUCACAGAUCGCGAGCGUUUGAAAUUUGUGGUCCGAGCAAAAUCGCAGGUCUUGAUGGCGCGACAAAGGAAGAUGGCGUAG